AUGUCAAUCACCACUCCUCUACGGAUCUGUACACACAGUGGCUCUUUCCACGCUGACGAGGCGUUGGCGGUGUACAUCUUACGUCUCUUGCCAAAGUUCAAAGAGAGUACGCUUGUGAGAUCACGUGACCCAGCCAAAUGGGAGGAGAGCGAUAUCGUUGUUGACGUUGGUGGUAAGUACGACGGCGUCAAGUUCUUUGAUCAUCACCAGAGAGGAUUCGAGGAGACCUUCUCUGCCGAUUUCCACACCAAGUUGAGUUCCGCAGGGUUGGUGUACAAGCAUUUCGGGAAAGAGGCCAUUGCGCAAGUUAUCAAGAGCGACGAUACGCAUACAUUGGAACUCCUGCACAAGAAGAUCUACGAGGAGUUCAUCGAGGCUGUUGAUGCCAACGACAACGGUAUCAGCGUCUACGAAGAGACGUCCAAACCGAGAUUCAAGGAAAACGGCUUCAAGCUUUCAUCCGUGGUACAUUGGUUGAAUCCGCUGUGGAACGAGGGUGACAGCGAUGCUGAUUUCGACAGACAGUUCUUGCUGGCGUCUGAGUUCAUGGGGACCACCUUCGUCAACGUUGUGAGAAACUUUGGAUUGGGAUGGUUGCCUGCAAAACAGUUGGUUCAAGACGCAUUUGCUAAGAGAUUUGAAAUCCACGAGUCUGGUAAGAUCAUGCUCUUUGACCAAUUUGCGCCAUGGAAGGACCAUCUCUUCACCAUUGAAGACGAAGCUGGUAAAUCUGGCGAAGUGUUAUUCGUGCUCUUCCCAGAUUCAACAGGUAAAUGGAGAAUCUCUACGGUUCCAAUCCAGGGGAAGGGCUUUGAAAAUAGAAAGGCAUUACCAGAGGAAUGGAGAGGUUUGAGAGACGAUGCUCUUAGUGAAAAGACUGGAGUUGAGGGAUGUAUCUUUGUACAUGCCGCAGGGUUCAUCGGGGGUGCACAGACCAAGGACGCUGUUAUCAAGUUGGCUCAGAUGAGCUUGUAA